UGAGUCUGUUGCCGCGAUGCAGCUCAUGCUGCUACAAGGGUAGCAGGCUGCCUCGGGGUUAGCAGGCUGCCUCGAGGUUAGCAGGCUGCCUCGAAUACGAUAAAAUAGGCAGCAUCGCCAAAGGGUUGUGCAAUGGACUGGCGAGGCUCCAUUACUCAAAUACUUCUUACCAAGGCACCCCCCCUGGAUCAGCACUGGUAGACUCGGGGGCAAAGAGAUGCGUACUUACUUAUAGUCGCUGUGCGGCAUUUCUCUCAAGAUUUCAUCACCUUGCGCGAAAUCCGAUCUGAUUCGAUCUCAGCCCUCGGGCAACUGCAUGCGGCGGAAGUGUAGGACCUGCGGAAGUGUAGGACCUGCGGAAGUGUAGGACCUACAGAAGUAGGACCUGCGGAAGUGUAGGACCUGCAGAAGUGGAGAGGCACCAUGUCUGCAAUUCUGAGCGGCAAUGGCGGGAGUCCCUCAAAUCUCGAGGAGCGGGUAAGGCUCCUGGAGGAAAAGGUCGCAGGCGCAGAGAGCGGUGGAGGUUAUGGCACAGCCAGGCACAACUCAUUGGGCGACCAAGGCUCGGUGACGGACUCAACGGACUUCCAACACCCAACCCAGUUGACCAACAAGGACACGAUUCCAGAGGUGCGAAGAUGCAACUUUAUGCAGUUCAAGAAUCGCUUCACCGACGAGGAUGGCCGAUAUGCCAUCGACGUGCUCGUCUCUGGCGCCCUGCUCCAGCAGGAGAUGCAUGAGGAGCAACAGUUCCGCAAACACCGCUCAGGCAGUGCCGCCAUGUCCUCCCGGUCAGGAAAGGCCAAGGAUGCCGCGUUGAAGGCAAGGAACAUCCUCAACGCCAAAGCUCUGGAGACGGCCCAGUCCGAUGACGUUUGGAUGCGCCGUGUCCGCAUUCAGUCGCCGGCGAUCCUCAAGAUCCUGUCCAACAUCCAAGGGGAGUCCUGGUCAUCCCGGCCGCGGACAUAUCUCCGCCCCUUUAUCACCAUAGUUUCCUUUCAGGCCGAGAUGAAGAGGGCCCUUCGAGAUCUGGAGAGUCGAUGGGGGCGCUAUCUCGACGGGGCUGCCACCCCGGAAUCCUCCAUCACAAAUGCCCAUACGCCAGCUCCCACCGACGGCGGGGUGGAAGAAUCGGAAGGGCCCGUCGAUAACUGCCCUGAAGCACUGGCGGCAGUGCGAUGCUAUGUCAAAUUCGUCGAUGAGAACAUCAUCCCAGAGUACACCCAGUUCGAUGGACUAACGGCGUCUGACGACCCAAAAGUACGAUUUUCUGAUCUUCACUACCUCUUCCGAACGGGGGAGCUCGUAUACCGACCGUACGGGACCGAUACGUCGGGAAAAGGCAAUCCACGGGAUUGGAAACGCACGGGAAAGCGUCUUUGGCGGUGCUACGGCCUGCGCUCGCGGGAUAUGGAUUACCGCGUCUGUCAUUCGGACCAUCGCAAGUACGACGUUCACCAAGACUCCGGUGAACAGGACGCAUCGUUCAUCGUCAAAGCGUUUUAUCUCGAAUACACGGGCGAAGAGUUUUGCACUGUGGUCACCAAAUUCGCCAUCCAGCCAUUCAAGGGUCUUCGACGGAUCCGGUCACUACCCGUCUACCCCCUUCGCUUUGGCCCAGCCGAGCUGGACAAGUACCUUGCCGACGCCGCCGAGCUUGGAGACAAAACGCUUGAGUACAUCGACAUCAAGCAUGUUUCUUAUGACUCGUGGACCGUCACACGGACACCAAAGGGCGACGCGACCUGUGACGCCAGCGGCGUAGAAAUGAAACACCCCGAGUAUAUCAAUAGCGACGUUAUGGUGGACUUCAACGAAUCGUUUCAAGCGUGCCCGCACUGGAAGCCGAAACGGAGCAUCCUCAAGCCAGAGCCAGUCAAGCAACUGGCCGAGUCGGAUGAUUUUUCCAUCCUGUGGUGGUCGGGACCCGACAGAGCCAAGCUGAAAGCCGAGAGCGUCGAGGUCGUUCCCGUCCGGACGGGUGUGAGCAAGUGGGAGCAGAACAAGUUCGUCUCGACGGACCCGUUACUUUCCCAGAUGAGCGAGAACCUCGCCAGGGGUCAACUUACAACUCGAGACUACCUCAGCCCCAUAGACAAGGGCUUGAUUGCGUGCCGCGUCUUUGGCUACGUCUUCCAGGACCGCAAGUUUGCACAGAUGGACACGCAACACAUGUCGCCCCCGUCCGGGUCCCGCGAUGCGCUCGACUCGCUCCGGAUUCCGCACAGCGUGAAAGACCUGAUCCAAAGAUCAGUCCAGGGACAUCUGAUGCAAAAGGCCGACGAGCGACGACACGGCCAGGGGCAAGAGUCGCAGGACUUUAUCCGAGGUAAAGGCGCUGGCCUGUUCAUCCUGCUCCAUGGUGUCCCCGGCGUCGGGAAGACGGCGACGGUAGAAGCCAUUGCCCAAACGCACAACAAGCCAUUGUUCAAGAUCACCUGCGGCGAUCUUGGCUUGACGCCCGAGCAGGUUGAGUCAUCGCUGGGGAGUAUCUUCAGACUGGCCAACUCGUGGGACUGUAUUCUGCUUAUGGAUGAGGUUGAUACCCUCUUCUCGCAGCGCUCAAAGGGAGACGCGGCGAUGACUAAAAAUGCAUUAGUUUCCGUUUUUCUCCGAAUCCUAGACUACUACACCGGGAUCCUCUUCAUGACAACCAACCGAGUGGGAGCGCUAGACGAAGCCUUUCGCUCGCGCAUCCACUGCAAUAUCUUCUAUCCACCCCUCAGCCCACAGCAGGCGCGAGAGAUCUGGGAGAUUAAUCUUCGGAGACUGGGGCGCAUCGAUGCCGAGCACCAACGGAGAACAGGAAAACGGCCCCUGGAGAUUCCCGCCGAGGAGAUACUUCAGUUCGCCGAGGAGCACUUGACCAGUAAUCGUGGUGGCGAUUCCGCGCAUUGGAACGGGCGUCAGAUCCGCAAUGCCUUCCAGAUGGCGCGCAGUCUCGCCUACGCCGACGCGGCCGCCGAAGCCGAGAGGCUGCGGGCCAGCGGGUCAACCGACAUGCCACCGCCGCCCAAGCUGCAAGUCAAGCACUUUAGGCUCAUGGACAGCGUGACCGUCGAGUUUGAGGAAUACAUGAAGAGAGUCUUCUUUGGCCAGACCCCGGCCGAUCUUGCGAGGGAGGCGGAGACUCGUGUCGACCGUGUCCCCGGGCAGUCCUGGACA